AUGGCAAACACAGACGACUACUCACCAAUCGGCCGAAGAUCUUUCAGUGCUGAUGACGGGUCUCAGUCAUUACUAUCCCACGAUGAAAAAAUACCCGAAAUCAACAGGAGGCGGCCCGCCAAGAGGCGCAUGAACUUUGUACUCAAGUCAUUUGCCUCCCUGUUAGUGUUGAUAGCACACGCAGGACUGGUAGCCUUCCUCAUGAAUUGGUUUGGAAUUGUUGUCUGGGGCGGCUCCAGCAGCAAAACGACAGACGACUCGAGCAGCAUGGCCGGACAACACAGUCAUGGUGCACAUGGUAGCAGCUCCUGCCAGACUGACAGUACCCACGUACGGUAUGGCUUCGAGGGAGUAAUUCCUGCUGUGUACAAGGAUCCUAGCGCGGAGUUCUCCCAGAUUAAUCCCUGUGGCCAUAGCGCUGAGGAAGCGAGGGCACGUGGCUGUCGAUAUGGCAUGCUGUACGGUGCGUGGCUACCUGAAGACUGCUACGAUGAAGAGACGGAGGAGAAUUUCAAGAAGUACACAAAUUGGAGGUUCUGGCUGCAGGCGAACCGGACCGAGGAGGUCAGUUGGGAUGAAGUGGCCAAGGGCGAGCACGAGUAUGUGCUGGUGGAGUGGGAAUGUGAGUAUAUCUUUUCCCCAUGA